GAGUAAAAGAAAACAAUAAAAAGGUCGACCAAACUUUUGAUUCCUUGUAUUCUAUGUUUUCCUUGCUGGUACACUCUCCAAAAUCUGAAAAGGUCUUCCCACGUUGAAGCAAUUAGAAAGCCUUAGAAUGGCGUAUGUAGAUCAUGCUUUCUCGAUUUCAGACGAGGAUAUGAUGAUGGAGGGUUCUCAUGCCGACAACAAUCGUGGACCCAUGAAAGAGAUCGCUCUUGCUGUUGCCCUUCUUGUCUUUGGUACUCUUGCUAUUGUUGUUGGUAUUUUCAUGGCCAUCAAUAAGGUCGGCGGCGAUACUGCUCAUGGGCUGUUUUUUGCCAUACUAGGUGGAGUUCUGUUUAUACCAGGGUUCUACUAUACGCGGAUUGCAUACUAUGCUUACAAGGGUUAUAAAGGUUUCUCUUUCUCCAAUAUACCUCCCGUGUAGAGUUAUGGAUGGUGUCGAUACAUUGUACAGCCAGGUCAUUUCCUGUGUUUUAAACUUUUGCUCUACCUAGACAAGUUUGUAAACAAAGUGAAUCUGAUAAAGAAUAGUGUUGCUUCUUUUAAUGCUAAUAGGUUACCUGGGAAUGGGAAAGAUGUUAUCCAGCCAUCUGAUUUGGAUAUUGAAGCAUUACUUGCUAAACUGUGUACUCCUUAACUCAGCCUCAGUGUGGACGAUGUAAUAAUACGAGUCCUUGAUAGUUUUUGAUGUUUUUCAAUAUAAUCAUAACUUUUUCUUCCAA